CCAAAAAAACAUUCUACCAAAUUACCCUCUAGCUUGUGGAAGACCAACAAGUCAACACCCAAAAUGCGGUGGUCGCCACGGAUGAGAUGCGGCGGCGCCGGCCUAGGAAUAGCAGCAAUGGCGUACAUAACUAUCGAUUAUCUAAGAGAGAUAUCCCCAUUAUGGCACUCCCGUCUUCAACCUUCUCUCUGGGCUAUUCUUUUCAUCAUUGUCCUCUCCCGUAUCUUCUCUUACAACCAUUGGUCUGCUGAGUUUCGUGCUUUUAUUCCUUUCCUUGCUUCCAUUCUUUUCCUUCUCUCUGCUCUCCUCUUUGAAGCUCUUUCUGUUCGCUCUGUUACUGCUGUUCUGGGUCUUGAUUGGCACAGAAAUACAGAUCCUCUUCCUGACACUGGCCAGUGGCUACUUCUUGCUCUGAAUGAGAAGCUCCCCCAGACUGUGGUUGAUCUCUUAAGAGCCCACAUAGUUGGGUUACAUCACUUCUUGAUGCUUUUUAUAAUGCUCGGUUUCUCUGUGCUAUUUGACUCUGUAAAGGCCCCUGGCUUUGGACUAGGAGCAAGGUACUUGUUCACAAUGGCAAUUGGCCGCCUUUUACGGGCCAUAAGUUUUGUAUCAACAAUCCUGCCAUCUCCUCGUCCUUGGUGUGCCACAGCUCGCUUUCAUGUUCCAGAAUAUCCUCAUCAUUGGGCUCAGAAGUAUUACACCCCUUAUGCUUCGGAUCCAAAUGCUAUUCGUCAGUUAAUAAAUAAGGAUUUUGCUUAUGCUGAUCCUGGUACAUUACAAGGUGACUACCGUCCUGAUUGGGGUUCAAUGAGCUUUCUCAUUGAUUUUCUGCGUCCACUUCCUCCCGAGGGCUCUUCAUGGCUCCAUCUGCUGAAGAAAGCUGGAGGCGGCUGCAAUGACCUACUUUACAGUGGCCACAUGCUUGUUGCUGUACUGACGGCCAUGGCUUGGACGGAAGCGUAUGGUGGUUUUAGUUCAGCUCUCGUAUGGCUCCUAGUUAUUCACAGUGCUCAAAGAGAAAUCCGGGAGCGCCAUCAUUACACUGUGGAUUGUGUUGUAGCUAUCUAUGUUGGUAUCCUCUUAUGGAAGAUGACGGGAUUCAUAUGGUCGUCCAAGAAUGUCUCGAGGAUCAAAAGGCUUACUAAGCUAGAAAAGAUACAAGGUAAGCUAAUGCAGGCUUCCAAAGAUUCUGACAUAGAAGAGAUUCGAAAACUUCUUAAUGAAGUUGAGCUAGCAAGUCAAGAUAAUCCGGGAGAUAAAGUAAGUCGAAAGGUUAUGUUAUUCCCUUUGUUGAUUGUUAUCUCGACCUUCAUAAUUAUUGCUCUAGCCUUCACGCAUACUAGUGAUGGAUGACUUUCUCUGGCACCCGUGGUCGCCUUUGUAACUGUCUUUGUUCGUACAUUGUAACAUUUUGUAUUUUGCAAUCCACUCUACAUUUGCAAGAGUAGGAUGCAUUUUAGACGUAGUAUUUAAACAUAUGAGCUCAUAGUUGUGCUUCAUAUGGUGUUAUGACUCUUUUCAUUGGUGGAGAUAGAUUUGCGAGUUCCAGUUGUAAAAUCUUGUAAGUUGUAUCCUGAGAAUGGUGAAAUAUUUUGUGGUUCUAAGAUUCAAAUAGGGCGACUUUCUUGCUUCGAA